AUGACGCACCAUUAUGACAUCACCAGUUGCGUUCAGUCAACACUUCAACUUGCCUUACAGCUGCACCACUAUGACAUCAUCGUCACCAUGCAAUUCCAGAAUCUGAAGCCUUUCGUAAGUCGAUUUUGGCAAAUUAAGACAUCCUUUGAGAUUCUGACGAGCAUCCCUCACACAAUCGAAGCAAGGAUUUUCCAUACUGAAGAUAACGUGACGUAUCCGGCUUCAGUUGAGGGCAGUGAUUUUUUCAGCAGUGCGUUUACAUUAAAUAAACGUACUGGUAGAAUUGACGACGUUGUGAUCUACACCGUUAAUAUCCUCCUGGAUGAGAGUCAAAUUGAAGAGACUCUGAAUACCCUGGAGAGCAAGAUGAACUUUGGCCUUUACAAUGCACAAAGCCAUAGAGAAUUUAGCAAAUGUAAAAGUUUGAAACCAAUGUGCAGUAUGGACAUGAAAUUGCACUUUAACCUGCAUCGAGGGAUUCACGGCCACACGAAUAUCAUAUUUAAGACAAGUUCAAAGCUAUCGGUCAUUGUUCAUGGCCUGUUGGUUGUAUUACAACCCCCACUGAAGAGCUUUUCCAAGAAAAACGCAGUAUUCCAAAGAAUUCUUCCCAGCCGGUGGACAAAGGCUAAAAAACCGAUGUUGGAAAAUGUCAUUUUUGGCAAAAACUUCAAAAAGAAAUUGGCAGCAGACGGUAAAAGCUUUGUGAUAGAAGAGAAAUACUUGCAGCAUGCCUACCGUUUCCUUUCAACACUACGAUCCUGCUUGCUGCUUUCCUAUGAUGGACUGUACAGUUAUUUCAUCUCCGUAUCAGAAACGCUGCCUUCCUCAUGCAAGCUGGAGCUUGAAAAACUGGAUCUGAAAGCCCGGCUCAGUGAGAUAUCUGACAAAGUGAUGGUAAAUUUGCUCAUUGCUUAUUCUGUAAUCUGA